AUGUCUCCACACCAGUCUCACCAGGUAGAUGAAGAGACACCUCUAUUGCAGCAUGAGGAGCGGCGUAAAGUCAAAACUCCAUUACCCUGGCGUCAACUCUUCAUUAUACUGUUCUUGCAACUCACUGAACCUAUUACUGCCCAGGCUAUUGCUCCAUUUGCACCUCAGCUCAUCAGAGAUGUCGGAGUGACACAUGGUGAUGAAUCAAAAGUAGGAUAUUUUGUUGGUAUCAUGUAUUCCGUGUUCUACGUAGCGCAAGCUCUUACUACCCUUCAAUGGAACCGCCUUUCUGAUCAUGUUGGCCGAAAGCCAGUCAUCUUGACUGGUCUAUUUGGUAUAUCAGCUUCCAUGUUCCUAUUUGGACUUUCGAAGACCUUUGGAGGCUUGAUAAUAAGUCGUGCACUGUGCGGAGCGCUGAACGGCAACAGUGGUGUCAUCAAGAGUAUGAUGAUAGAUGUCACAGAUUCAACCAACAUGGCUCAAGCGUUCGGGUUUCUUCCUCUUCCAUGGAUGACUGGGAAUACGCUCGGACCCCUCAUCGGCGGGUCUUUGUCUCGUCCGGCGGAUCGUUUUCCCAGACUGUUUGGGCAGUCGACAUUUCUGAAGACACAUCCUUAUUUCUUGGCUUGCGCUGGUCCGGCAUUGUUUACCGCUGUAGCAUGGUUGGUCACGUAUAUGCUUUUGCAGGAGACUGUGCCCACGACGACAUCCAUAUGGGGUCUGAUUCGGAACAGAUGUCGGGCCGCACUUACGUUCAUACAUACCAAAUCACCGCAGGAUAUAAUAAAUUCCGACGAUACCGUUCAAGAUUCUCCCGAUGGUUCCAAACCCCUUCCUCUGCGCGCAUUAUUGACUCCACACGUUUUUAUCGCGACGUCGAAUUAUGCGACACUGGCUCUCUUUGACAUAGCUCUGCGCUCCCUAAUACCCGUGUUUUAUGCUACGCCAGUGGACAUGGGUGGGCUUGGCCUCGACCCACCACGGAUUGGCAACAUUCUUGCAGUGUUUGGUAUUGCCAAUGGUUUAUUUCAGGUGUUUUUCUUUGCUCGGCUGCAUGACAGGUUUGGCACGAAAGUGGUAUGGACCUGCGGAAUUGCCUCCAGCGUGCCGACUAUCCUCGCAUUUCCGAUAAUCAAUGUGUUGAGCAGGACGUAUGGGAUCGGCGUCAUAGUCUGGCUUGGUGUCGGCCUUCAGCUCACAAUAUCUAUCGCUCUCAACAUGUGUUACUCUUGCGGCGCUAUGUAUAUAGCAGCUGCAUCUCCCAAUCGUGCAUCAUUGGGCGCCACUAAUGGUCUUGCGCAGACGGUCGCUGCGUGCGUGCGUAUUAUUGGACCUGCAUCUGCGAUGUCCGUGUUUUCGUUUUCUGUGAGGGACCCGUACUAUGAGUGGGUGGUGUACUACUUUAUGAUGGCGCUAGCACUCCUUGCGAUUGGUACAUCUUUCUUACUACCUCGUCAAAUGUGGAAGCGCGAUAGUUAG